GUCAGUACAAUCUAACGAUCCCAGUAAUCAUCGUUUAGUCGGAAUAAUAUUAAGUUUUGAUACACGAUAAAAUUACUUAAAACAAGUUCUCAUAAUUGUGUAUCGGUGUCCACAUUAAAGGAUUAAAAAAAUGAAGGUAGAGAUCAGAUAUACCAAGUUGUUUAUCAACAACCAAUGGGUGGACGCAGUGAGCAAGAAAACAUUCCCAACUAUCAAUCCUCAGGAUGAGAAAGUCAUCGCGCAAGUUGCUGAAGGGGAUAAGGCUGAUGUAGAUUUAGCAGUAGAAGCAGCUAGCAAAGCAUUCCACCGGUACUCGGAAUGGCGUACAAUGGACGCCUCACAAAGAGGCCGGUUACUUCUUAAACUGGCAGAUCUAAUGGACAGAGAUUACAAGUACCUGGCUAACUUAGAAACCCUAGACUGUGGGAAACCUGUUAAACAAGCUGAAGGAGAAGUGCUAUGGUCGGCUAAUAUCAUUAGAUAUUACGCAGGGAAAGCGGAUAAGAUCUUGGGGCACACUAUACCAGCCGACGGUGAAGUUAUGUCUAUAACUUUAAAAGAGCCCGUUGGCAUCUGCGGUCAGAUCUUGCCAUGGAACUAUCCAAUCCCAAUGUUUGUGUGGAAGAUUGCUCCGGCCUUAGCUGCAGGUUGCACAGUAAUUGUAAAACCAGCUGAACAAACCCCUCUCACUGCGCUUGCUAUGGCAGCUCUUAUCAAAGAAGUUGGUAUCCCACCUGGCGUCGUCAACGUCAUCCCUGGGUACGGGCCAACCGCAGGCGCGGCGUUGACCACCCAUCCACGUGUUGACAAAAUAGCUUUCACCGGCUCUACUGAGGUCGGACGUAUUAUAAUGAACAAUGCCGCAGUAACGAAUUUGAAGAGAAUAACUCUUGAGCUCGGCGGAAAAAGUCCCUUGGUCAUUUUCAAUGACGCUGAUGUGGACACUGCCGCUCAAAUCGCCCACCGCGCUGCGUUCGCUAACGCUGGUCAAUGUUGCGCUGCGGGUACACGUACUUAUGUACAGUCCGGCAUCUAUGAUAAGUUCGUUGCAAAAGCAGCGGAGAUAGCAAAGAACAGAACAGUCGGCAACCCUUAUGAAGACGUACAACAAGGACCACAAGUGGACUCUGACAUGUUUAACAAAGUAAUGGGCUACAUCGACGCGGGUAAGAAGGCGGGUGCGCGCUGCAUCGCGGGCGGCAAGCGCCGAGGUAACGUUGGCUACUUCAUUGAACCUACCGUCUUUGCCGACGUUAAGGAUGACAUGAAAAUUGCGAGAGAGGAGAUCUUUGGUCCAGUUCAGAGCAUCUUGAAGUUCGAGACGUUUGAAGAGGCAGUGGACCGCGCCAACAACACUAACUACGGCCUCGGUGCUGGUGUUGUCUCCAAGGAUUUCACUACCGCCAUGGCCUUUGCUAAGCUCGUUCGUGCUGGCACUGUGUGGAUCAAUACUUAUGAACACGUGACACCACAAACUCCGUUCGGCGGAUUCAAAGAGUCUGGGAUUGGCAGAGAACUGGGCGAGGACGGUAUUAUGCAAUACUUAGAGAACAAGACUGUCACUAUGAACAUGCCUAAGAAGCCUUGCCUUUAAAAUAAACAUGUAUCUGUACAUA